GUUAGAAUUCUAAAAUAAUAUUCUUUGUAUAACAAAAAAAAAGAGUAUAAACAAGAGUCCGAAACAUAGCAAUUAUUUGUGAAAUGCUGUGACAUAUAUUGAUUCUAAUGCAUAAUGUUAGUUUUUUUUUUUGGCUCAACUUCAACUUUAUAUUCAUCCAAGAGAGUAGUAUCUUAGUUAAGUCCUCGUCGGCUGGCGAAGGUCUGGCAUGUUAUUAUUAGAUCUAAGCUUAGCCAGUAGCUUUUAUUAGGCUAAGUCUGGUACAUGUUGGUUGGGCAUGACUAAGCCUGACAAAACCAUAGAGAUCACAAACCGGAAUUGAAAAAGAUGUGAACCAGACUAACCCCAUUUGGUACUGGACGAGAACAUCCCUACUAAUAAUUGAUAGGUGUGGGGUAUUAUCGUCUCGAUGGGAAUAAGAGCGGAUGUGAAGGUGGUGAAACCACGUGAGAGGAGACAAGAAGCACAUGAGAGUGGAUUAAAGAAUGGGCCUUAAUAUCAUUGUCAAUGUCAUGUUAUGUUGUUGAUAAGAUAGGUUUGGCCAAUGACUUGCUUCUCUUUCAUUAAAAUAUUUGCUUUACCAAACGCUUCUCCCAACAUCUCACACUACCUCACUUAAUUUAGUUUGUGUUAAGCAAUGUAAUUUUUAGACUACUUGAAUAUUCAGGUUCGAUAAAUCUGUUGAUUUUGUGAAAUAUUGUUGGCAAAGCCUGCAGCUCAACCAAGAGUGUCUCAAAGAAGACCAUUCUCAGUCUCAGCCCAAAACUCGAGUGAAGAGUUGGGCCUAAACAUACUUAACCCAUUGCGCAAACAUCUUCAAGGGUCUGCAUCAGCUCUGGCCGUGUCUAAGGGAAGUGUUCUGGUCGAUAGUGAUGAUCUGAGGAUGUGUCUACCUGUGGCCGUCACAUGUAAUUUUCCUUGAGAAAUGGUACUAGUAUUUUUCUUUUCUUAAACGGAGUUUAUACUUAUUCACCCAUACACGAAACAACAUGUAAUUAGAGGUACGACUAAAACAACUAUUUAUCAUGAAACGGAAGAAGUAUUAUCUUCUUUUUUGUUUCAAAUUUACAUGAUGUUUCAAAUUUCAAUAUAAAAUUUAUCGCUUUUUAUACUAUAUAAUAUUUUAUAUUGUGCAAAUUAUUUUUCUGUUAGGUGAAUUAUGGUUAAUUAGAUAAUUAAUGACCAUAAUUCCAAACGCUAAAUUAAAAAAAAAACGAAAAGAGUAUUAAAUACAGAUUGUUUCAAUUAAUACAUUUUUGCUACCAUGAUAUUGUUUGACUCUGAGGUAGUAUAUAAGACAGAUUCUUGGUGAAAGAAAAAACAGAUUUUACAAUACAUCUUAAGAAUAAAAACAUAUAAAAGCACUCUCAUCAUGUCCAAGCAAUUUGUUUCUUAUUUUAUGGUUUUGAUGGUUCUCUUCUCAGUGUUACUGGUCGUUCCUAAAACUGAGGCUCAAAAGAGAUGCAUAAAAGAACUUAUGCCAGGGACACAAUGUUUGUUGGCAAAGUGCAGGAAAGUGUGUUUUAAAACGUUAAAAGGGUUCGGAACUUGCAUUGAGAAGCCACCAGGCUCUGAUAGAUAUACCUGUAAUUGUUUAUACAAUUGUGGAGCACCAUGAUUUCUACAACGGUCUACGAUGUAAAAUUAUACUUUAAGCCUUCACUUUCAUCUUUUCUGAGUUACAAAAAAAUAUCAUACUUUAAAAUUUUAAUUUACUUUCUAUGGAUAACCCUAUUUAUAAUCCUACUUAAAACUUUUUUUUUCUUUUUGAAAUAUAUUUUACUUACAACUUAAAAUUAUCUGUGAACCAAGCCACUCUCUAGUCCCAUAUAAUAAUUAUAUAUGUGCGUGACAAUGCUCACUAGAAAAGAUUCACAUAUAAUCUUGUGCAAGCAAGGAAAUAACAGACUAUGAGGCACUUUUGUCUCAGGAAAGAGUAUUCCGUUUUCUUGUUUACUUUCACCAAUAAUGCGAUUACAUCUACACAAUGGUGUUUUCUUAUCUCCUUUCGUUUCAGUUGUUAACUUUGGCCAUUCUUAAAGGUUUACUUGCUUGAAGUUCAAUCAAUAAUCUCAAAACCGAUUCCUUCUGACAAAAAUUGUAUGAGCAUGACAUUGUCCAAGUAAGAGUUGCAGCUUAAACAUCAGAGAUAAAUCAUAUGAAAGGAUAAGCUUUUGCCCCCAAACCAUUUCACACACCCCUUGUCAUUUACGAUAUAUUUUAACAUUUGAAGAUAUUAAAAAAAGACUUCAAACUAGGUUCAGAACAUUCGGAAACAGAUUUAGCCAGCCAUAAUAUUGUGCACUGAAGCCCAAUAUUCAGUUUUUUUGUUGCUAAUUAAAAACCCAAUCCAGAUUUCAUAUAAUAAAGUCCAUUCUGAUUUAUAAACAAGAGCGCAGGGACAAAUAAUGUGGCCGUCAUGGAUCCAAUCCGAUGCCCCUCCGACUCUUUAAUAGUUAAAAGCCUGAUCUUUUCAAAUGUAUAUAAUUUUAUACAAAAAAUAAUAAAAAGAAGCAAAAAUAUUUUAUAUGAAUACAUUUUUGCUUUCAUCACAUUUUUUUAAAACUGCUUAUAGUAUUUAAAAAAAAAAAUUAUUGAUUGAAAACUUGAAAUCAAUAUUAAUUUUAAGAGGGCACAUAAAAUUAUUGAGCCGGUUCUAUCUAUAAAUACAUUAUGCUCCAUACUCGAGAUAAAAAAAGGUUACAACUAAUGUUUUUUUUUUCAAAAAAGAUCAUGACACUGAAAUAAAGUAAUACAUUUUGAUAACAAAAUCCAUCAAUAUUCAAAACUUAUUAUCACUACCAUUUGUUUUUCUUUUCCUUAAUAAAUGAAACGUUAUUAUACUAACACUACAAUAAUAGACGCGGUUUCCUUCAAACGAGGAAGAAUCUUAAACGCUCUGGCUCAGGUCUCGAAAACAAACCAACUCACAAUCCUGACUCAUUUGAGGAAAACUAUGCAAAACCACAUGCCCUUCGUUUUUUUUUCUAUCUUACUCUUGUAAUUACAGUAUUUCAAGUUCUGUUUUUGUAUUUUUAGUUAAAUUACAUAAAAAGGUAACAAAACUAUUUAUUAUUGGUCGUUUUUAAUACUUCCAACAUUUUUCUUAUGGGUCAAAAAAAUGCUAAAACAUAUAAUAAAUACAUUAUUUUCCAAAGAUGCCAAAACUAACAACGGUAAGUUUAAUCUAUGGACUUGUCAUUAGACGGUUGUCUCAGCAAACAGACUUUAAAGAAAAAGUUAAUGACAGUAAUUGAUUAUUCAGAUAAAAACAGAACCUCGAGGUAAAAGAAAAAGACAGAGCAUAUGAAGUUCAUUACUUCUCUAAAGUAAAAGCUCCCUUAAACCCUACGCCAAAGAGAGAGAGAGAGAGAAAGAGAGAGAGAGAGAGACUCAAAAUCGAUGCAGAACCGAGAAGACUGGUUUUGGAUUUGAGAGCCAAAGGGGGAAAACAAAUCUUGUCUUAACAAAUGCCGAUUCCAAGAAAGGUCUUAACUGUUACACUCUUCUCUCUGUUUCUACCUUUCUUCAUCUCCUCGGCCUCUGCAUCAAGCAACGAAGUCGCUGCGUUGGUUUCUUGGCUUCGCAGCUCGAACUCUCCACCACCGACAGCGUUUUCAAGCUGGAACCCUUCUGAUUCAGACCCAUGUCACUGGCCUUACAUCACUUGCUCCUCUUCCGACAAGCUCGUUACGGAGAUCAAUGUCGUCUCUCUUCAGCUAGCUUUACCUUUCCCUCCUAACAUCUCUACCUUUACCUCACUUCAGAAACUCGUCAUCUCCAACACCAAUCUCACCGGAAGUAUCUCCUCCGACGUCGGAGACUGUUCUCAGCUCAGAGUCAUCGACUUAAGCUCAAACAGCCUCGUUGGUGAGAUACCUUCGUCUCUAGGGAAGCUCAAGAACCUCCAAGAGCUCAUCUUAAACUCCAAUGGCCUAACCGGAAAGAUCCCAUCCGAACUCGGAGGUUGCGUGUCACUCAAGAAUCUCGAUAUUUUCGACAACUUCUUAUCAGGGACCCUCCCGUCCGAGCUCGGGAAGAUCUCGACUCUCGAGAGCCUAAGAGCCGGAGGAAACUCAGAGCUUUCAGGGAAGAUCCCUGAGGAGAUCGGAAACUGUAGGAACCUAACGGUUCUAGGGCUUGCUGCGACGAAAAUAUCAGGUAACUUGCCUGUCACGUUAGGUCAACUAACCAAGCUCGAGACUAUAUCUGUCUAUUCAACAAUGCUCUCAGGGGAGAUCCCUAAAGAGCUUGGGAACUGCUCUGAGCUUAUCAAUUUGUUUCUAUACGACAAUGACUUGUCUGGCACGCUUCCACGAGAGCUAGGUCAGCUUCAAAACCUAGAGAAGAUGCUUCUAUGGCAGAAUGAUCUUCACGGUCCCAUCCCUGAAGAGAUUGGAUUCAUCAAAAGCUUAAACGCCGUUGAUCUCUCUAUGAACUCUUUCUCAGGAACCAUACCUAAGUCCUUUGGUAACUUGUCUAAUCUCCAAGAGCUUAUGCUUAGCAGCAACAACAUCACAGGAUCAAUACCUUCUGUUCUUAGCAACUGCACAAGGCUUGUUCAGCUGCAGAUUGAUGCUAAUCAGAUCUCCGGUUUGAUACCGCCGGAGAUUGGAUUACUCAAGGAGCUUAACAUCUUCUUGGGGUGGCAGAACAAGCUAGAAGGGAAUAUUCCGACCGAGUUAGCUGGUUGUCAGAAUCUUCAAGCUCUUGACUUGUCUCAGAAUCUUCUCACUGGUGCUUUACCUCCUGGUUUGUUCCAGCUUCGCAAUCUGACCAAGCUCUUGCUUAUAUCUAAUUCCAUCUCCGGUGUUAUCCCACCGGAGAUCGGAAGCUGCACUUCUCUUGUCAGAUUAAGGCUUGUCAAUAACAAGAUCACCGGAGAGAUCCCUAAGGAACUAGGUUUACUUGAGAACCUUAGCUUCCUAGACUUGUCUGAGAACAGUCUCUCCGGUCCAGUUCCUUGGGAGAUAAGCAACUGCAGACAGCUACAAAUGCUAAACUUGAGCAACAACACUCUAAGAGGUUCUCUCCCUCUCUCUUUAUCUUCUUUAACAAAGCUUCAAGUACUUGAUGUCUCUUCAAAUGACUUGACUGGCAAGCUUCCUGAUAGUCUUGGUCAGCUCCUUUCGCUUAACCGGCUCAUCCUCAGUAAGAACUCCUUCAGUGGGGAGAUCCCUCCGUCUCUAGGUCACUGCAUGAAUCUUCAGCUUCUUGAUCUCAGCAGUAAUAACAUCUCUGGAGCCAUACCAGAAGAACUCUUUGACAUUCAAGAUCUAGACAUUGCCUUGAACUUGAGCUGGAACUCAUUAGUUGGUUUUAUCCCAGCCAGGAUCUCAGCGCUUAACCGGUUAUCCGUGCUGGACAUUUCUCACAACAUGCUUUCAGGGGACCUCCUUGCGUUGUCCGGUCUAGAAAACUUGGUUUCUCUGAACAUCUCUCAUAACAGAUUCUCCGGUUAUCUUCCAGACAGUAAGGUUUUCAGACAGCUAGUAGCAGAAGAGAUGGAAGGGAACUCUGGACUAUGUUCCAAAGGUCUGAGGUCUUGUUUUGUAAGUAACAGUACACUGUUAAACACACAGCACGGUGGAGAUUUUGCGCACUCACAAAGACUCAAGAUAGCCAUUGGAUUGCUUAUCAGCGUGACAAUUGUUCUAGCAGUACUUGGCGUGUUAGCGGUUUUACGCGCAAGGCAAAUGAUUCAAGAGGGUAAUGAUUCAGAGAAGGGGGAGAACCUAUGGACAUGGCAGUUCACACCUUUCCAGAAACUCAACUUCACAGUGGAACAUGUACUCAAGUGUUUGGUAGAAGGUAACGUUAUAGGUAAAGGCUGCUCUGGAGUGGUGUAUAGAGCAGAGAUGCCUAACCAAGAAGUCAUAGCAGUGAAAAAGCUCUGGCCAGUGACGGUGACGGUUGCCAAGACAUCAGGAGGUCGAGACUCAUUCUCAGCUGAAGUCAAGACACUUGGGUCGAUCAGACACAAGAACAUAGUCAGGUUCUUGGGAUGUUGCUGGAACAAGAACACUAGACUUCUUAUGUAUGAUUAUAUGUCGAAUGGGAGUUUAGGAAGCUUGCUUCACGAGAGGAGUGGUGAAUGUAGCUUAGGAUGGGAGGUUAGGUACAAGAUUAUACUUGGUGCAGCUCAGGGUUUGGCUUACUUGCAUCAUGAUUGUGUUCCUCCCAUUGUUCAUAGAGACAUCAAGGCUAAUAAUAUUCUCAUUGGCCCCGAUUUUGAGCCUUACAUUGGAGAUUUUGGACUUGCUAAGCUUGUUGAUGAUGGCGACUUUGCUCGUUCUUCCAAAACCAUUGCUGGUUCCUAUGGUUACAUAGCUCCAGAAUAUGGAUAUUCAAUGAAGAUAACAGAGAAGAGCGAUGUGUAUAGCUUCGGAGUCGUGGUCCUAGAGGUAUUAACAGGGAAGGAACCGAUCGAUCCAACAAUACCAGACGGUCUCCACAUAGUAGACUGGGUCAAGAAGAUCAGAGAUAUACAAGUAAUCGACCAGGGACUACAAGCAAGGCCAGAGUCAGAAGUAGAAGAGGUGAUGCAAACACUUGGAGUUGCACUUCUCUGCGUUAACCCGAUACCUGAAGACAGGCCUACAAUGAAAGACGUGGCUGCUAUGCUCAGUGAGAUACGACAAGAAAGAGAGGAACCGAUGAAAGGUGGUGGGAAUAAUGGUUGCUCGGGGAGUUGUAAUAACAAUGGAGGAGAAGGGAGAGAUGAGUCUUUGUCUUCUUCUGCUAUGCAGCAAACGGCUAAGUAUUUGAGAAGUAGUAGCACGAGUUUCUCUGCGUCUUCUUUGCUAUACUCUUCGUCUUCUUCUACUUCUAAUGCUAGACCAAAUCUGAAAUAGAUUGUUAAUUAUGUCUCUUAGGGAACAAGUUCUCUUCUAGAGUUCUUUACUAAGUUAUCUAUGUGAGGUUGUGAUAAACUCUUGUCUUUUCAAACCAAGAAAUAUAGACGGAACAAUAAUCU